AUGACGAGUCUUUCUCCAUGGGCUACAGCUACUCAUAGGGGCCAAGUUAUAUUCAAGGAUGCCUUAGCACAACAGCUGUGUGAACAGGGAGCUCCGACAGAAGCUCCCUUACAUCCUCAUCUAGCUGAAAUGCACAGUGACAGCAUUAUCCUACGAGAUGACUUUGACUCUUACCAUCAGCAAGAAUUGAAUCCUACCAUGUGGUCUGAAUGCAGUAACUGCGAGGUUGGAAAGCAGUGCGGUGUGAUAAUGCACGGCAGCGCCGUCACUUUCUGUGAGCCAUAUGGUCCCAGAGAACUGACCACCACUGGCCUUAACACAACUACUGCAUCCGUCCUUCAAUUUUCCCUUGGAUCGGGUUCAUGUCGCUUCAGUUACUCAGAUCCCAGCAUCACCGUGUCCUACAGUAAGAAUAGUUCUGCAGAUUGGACUCAGCUGGAGAAAAUUAGCGCCCCGUCCAAUGUCAGCACAAUCAUCCACAUCUUGUACCUUCCCGAAGAUGCUAAAGGGGAGAACAUCCAUUUUCAGUGGAAACAGGAUUAUGUUCACUCUGGUGAUGUGUAUGAAGCCUGUUGGGCAUUGGACAACAUCCUGAUCAUAAAUGCUGCUCACAGAAAAGUUGUGUUAGAAGAUAAUCUUGAUCCUGUGGAUACUGGCAACUGGCUUUUCUUUCCUGGGGCGACAGUUAAGCAUAGCUGCCAGUCGGAUGGAAACUCCAUCUACUUCCACGGGACAGAAGGCAGCGAGUUCAAUUUCGCCACAACCCGGGACGUGGACCUCUCCACGGAGGACGCCCAGGAGCAGUGGGCAGAAGAGUUUGAGAGUCAGCCUAAAGGGUGGGACAUACUUGGAGCCGUCAUUGGUACUGAAUGUGGGACACUGGAAUCUGGCUCAGCUAUGGUAUUUCUCAGAGACGGAGAAAGAAAAAUAUGCACUCCAUACAUGGACACUACAGGUUAUGGGAACUUAAGAUUUUAUUUCAGUAUGGGGGGAACUUGUGAUUCUGGAGAAUCCCAUGAAAAUGAUGUCAUACUUUAUGCCAAGAUUGAAGGCAGGAGGGAACACAUACCUCUUGAUACCCUGACCUAUGCUGCUUACAAGGUUCCAUCUUUGGUUUCUGUUGUCAUUAGUCCGGACCUGCAGACUCCAGCAACCAAGUUUUGCCUGAAGCAAAAGAGUCACCAAGGCCACAAUAGGAAUGUCUGGGCUGUGGAUUACUUCCAUGUCCUUCCAGUGCUCCCUUCCACGGUGACUCACAUGAUCCAAUUUUCCAUCAAUUUGGGCUGUGGAACUUAUCAACCUGGUAACAGCGUCAGCUUGGAGUUUUCAACCAACCAUGGUCGCUCUUGGUCCCUGCUCCACACCGAGUGUUUGCCUGAGACAUGUGCUGGGCCCCACCUCCCCCACAGCACCGUCUACGCCUCUGAAAAUUACAGCGGGUGGAACCGAAUAACUAUUCCCCUUCCCAAUGCAGCGUUAACGAGUGACACCAGGAUUCGAUGGAGACAAACAGGACCGAUCCUUGGAAAUAUGUGGGCAAUUGAUAAUAUUUAUAUUGGUCCAUCUUGCCUCAAAUUCUGCUCAGGGCGAGGACAGUGUACUAGAAAUGGCUGCAAGUGCGACCCUGGAUUUUCAGGGCCGGCAUGUGAGAUGGCGUCGCAGACCUUCCCCGUGUUCAUCUCGGAAAGCUUCGCCAGCUCCCGCCUCUCCUCCUACCAUAAUUUUUACUCCAUCCGGGGGGCUGAGGUCAGCUUUGGCUGCGGGGUCCUGGCCAGCGGCAAGGCCCUGGUCUUCAACAAGGAUGGGAGGCGCCAGCUUAUCACCUCCUUCCUUGACAGCUCCCAGUCCAGGUUCCUGCAGUUCACGCUACGCCUGGGCAGCAAGUCAGUGCUGAGUACCUGCAAAGCACCCGACCAGCCCGGGGAAGGAGUGCUGCUGCACUACUCCUACGACAACGGGAUUACCUGGAAACUACUGGAACACUAUUCUUAUCUCAACUACCAUGAGCCAAGAAUAAUUUCAGUGGAGCUGCCUGAAGAUGCAAGACAGAUUGGCAUUCAGUUCAGAUGGUGGCAACCAUAUCACUCUUCUCAAGGCGAAGAUGUGUGGGCGAUUGAUGAAAUCAUCAUGACUUCUGUGCUUUUCAAUAGCAUCAGUCUGGACUUCACCAACCUAGUUGAAGUCACACAGUCUCUGGGAUUCUACCUGGGAAAUGUUCAGCCCUACUGUGGACAUGACUGGACUCUCUGUUUUACAGGAGAUUCAAAGUUAGCUUCUAGCAUGCGCUACGUGGAGACCCAGUCUAUGCAGAUCGGAGCUUCGUAUAUGAUACAGUUCAACUUGGUGAUGGGCUGUGGUCAGGCAUUUACUCCUCAUAUGGACAACCAGGUGAAGCUGGACUACUCCACCAACCAUGGCCUCACGUGGCAUCUUGUUCAGGAGGAAUGUCUUCCCAGUAUGCCAAGCUGUCAGGAGUUUACAUCAGCAAGUAUUUACCACUCCAGCGAAUUUACUCAGUGGAGGAGAAUCACCGUCCUUUUACCACAGAAGACUUGGUCCAGCGCCACACGUUUCCGCUGGAGUCAGUGCUACUACACAGCCCAAGACGAAUGGGCCUUAGACAACAUCUACAUCGGACAGCAGUGUCCCAACAUGUGCAGUGGACACGGCUGGUGCGACCACGGCGUUUGCAGGUGUGACUCGGGGUUUCGGGGUACUGAAUGUCAGCCUGAAAAUCCCCUUCCUUCGACUGUCAUGUCUGAUUUUGAGAACCCAGACAGCUUGAAGACAGAGUGGCAGGAAAUUAUUGGGGGAGAGAUUGUCAAGCCCGAAGAAGGCUGUGGGGUCAUCUCAUCUGGCUCCUCGCUCUACUUCAACAAGGCUGGAAAAAGACAGUUGGUAAGCUGGGAUUUGGACACUACUUGGGUGGAUUUUGUCCAGUUUUACAUCCAGAUAGGAGGAGAAACUUCUUCAUGCAAUAAACCGGACAGCAGAGAAGAAGGUGUGCUGCUGCAGUACAGCAAUAACGGCGGUAUCAACUGGCAGCUACUAGCAGAAAUGUAUUUCUCUGACUUCAGCAAACCCAGGUUUGUGUAUCUGGAGCUGCCUGCUGCAGCCAAGACGCCUUGCACAAGGUUUCGCUGGUGGCAGCCCGUGUUUUCAGGGGAAGGGUAUGAUCAGUGGGCCAUCGAUGACAUCAUCAUUUUGUCAGAGAAGCAGAAGCACAUCAUUCCCGUUGUUAAUCCCACUUUACCACAGAACUUUUAUGAAAAGCCAGCAUUUGAUUACCCUAUGAACCAGCUGAGCGUAUGGUUAAUGUUGGCCAACGAAGGGAUGACCAAAAAUGAAAGUUUCUGCUCUGCCACCCCCUCUGCCAUGCUCUUUGGUAAAUCAGAUGGAGACCGGUUUGCAGUGACUCGAGAUUUAACUCUGAAGCCUGGAUAUGUCCUGCAGUUCAAGCUGAACAUUGGUUGCACUAACCAGUACAGCAGCUCUGCUCCUGUUCUGCUUCAGUACUCGCACGACGCUGGGCUCUUCUGGUCGCUCGUGAAGGAGGGCUGCUACCCUGCAUCUCCAGGCAUGAAAGGAUGCGAGGGAAGCUCCCGGGAGCUGAGCGAGCCGACUGUGUAUCACACGGGAGACUUUGAGGACUGGACAAGAAUUACUAUUGUUAUCCCCAGGUCGCUUGCAGCCAGUAAGACUCGAUUCCGCUGGAUCCAGGAGAGCAGCUCCCACAAAAGCGUGCCUCCUUUCGGCUUAGAUGGUGUUUACAUUUCUGAGCCUUGCCCCAACUACUGCAAUGGUCAUGGGGACUGCGUCUCGGGCGUCUGCUUCUGUGACCUGGGCUACACAGCAUCACAUGGAACCUGUGUGUCUAAUGUGCCUAAUCACAGUGAGAUGUUCGACAGGUUUGAGAGGAAGCUAAGCCCUCUCUGGUACAAGAUAACAGGAGGUCAGGUUGGGACAGGCUGUGGCGUCCUCAGCGACGGAAAAUCUCUGUACUUCAAUGGACCUGGCAAAAGGGAGGCAAGGACUGUUCCCCUGGACACCACAAAUAUCAGGCUAGUUCAAUUUUAUGUACAAAUUGGAAGCAAGGCGAUUGGUAACUCCUGCAACAGACCAAGAGCCAGGAAUGAAGGGCUUGUCGUUCAAUACACAAACGAUAACGGGAUCACCUGGCAUUUGCUGCGAGAGCUGGACUUCAUGUCGUACCUGGAACCCCAGGUUGUAUCGAUAGACUUACCUCGGGAGGCCAAAACCCCCGCCACCGCUUUCCGCUGGUGGCAGCCACAACACGGGAAGCAUUCAGCUCAGUGGGCUUUGGAUGAUGUCCUUAUAGGGAUGAAUGACAGCUCUCAGUCUGGCUUCCAGGAUAAAUUUGAUGGAACUGUGGAUUUACAAGCAAGCUGGUACAGAAUACAAGGAGGUCAAGUAGACAUUGACUGCCUGUCUAUGGAUACAGCUCUGAUGUUCAGUGAAAACAUCGGAAAACCUCGUUAUGCCGAGACUUGGGAUUUCCAUGUAUCAUCCUCCACUUUCUUGCAAUUUGAGUUGAGCAUGGGUUGCAGCAAGCCAUACAGCAAUUCCCAUAGCAUUCACCUGCAGUAUUCUUUAAACAACGGGAGAGACUGGCACCUGGUGACGGAGGAGUGCGUCCCUCCAACCAUCGGCUGUCAACACUACAUGGAGAGUUCUAUCUACACUUCAGAAAGAUUCCAAAACUGGAAGAGAAUUACGGUCUACCUCCCACCCUCAACCAACUCUCCCAGGACACGGUUCAGAUGGAUUCAGUACAACUAUGCUUCUGGUGUUGAUUCUUGGGCUAUUGAUAAUGUAGUCCUGGCUACAGGGUGCCCAUGGAUGUGCUCAGGCCACGGCAUCUGUGAUGCAGGUCGUUGUGUGUGUGACAGAGGCUUUGGUGGUCCGUACUGUGUCCCUGUCAUUCCUCUGCCGUCUGUCCUGAAGGAUGAUUUCAAUGGUAACUUGCAUCCAGACCUUUGGCCUGAGGUCUACGGUGCUGAGAGGGGAAACCUGAAUGGUGACAUCAUCAAGUCUGGAACAGCUCUCAUUUUUAAAGGGGAAGGACUGAGAAUGCUUGUUUCAAGAGAUUUAGAUUGCAUUAAUACUGUGUACAUCCAAUUUUCAUUUAAA